UAUCCCACAUAUUUUCGUGCUGUCAUUGCCAUCUUCUGUUAACUUUCUGAUUAUUUCAAACGCGAAUGGAACAUCCCGCGUACGGGGCUGCCAACUCUCACGCAUCUGGCGUUAUACUGACACUUUCAGGCUCUCACGCUAGAAAUCAUACGGCAAAUUUAUAUUAUUCCAUCAUAAAUCUAAAAUUAGUUAGGCUUAAUCGCUAGGCACUGAGGUAGUAUGCAAACCCUGCAGACUAUUUCCAAGGUAAUAAAAGUGUUACACGUAAAUGUGUGUGCAGGCUUGUCUCGAAUUGAAAAUCUCACGUCAGCCAGCUGACCAAAGUUAUUCAUAAAUCGAUUUACUUGUUUGGAUUACAAAUUAUAGCUGUGCUGUACUAGUGUACAGGGCUAUACUGGCUCUCUGACAUACUGUGCAUUUUCCCGGUGGGCCGAUGAGUUUGUGGUGUUUAUGCAGUACUUAACAGUAGAUACAGGGCUGCAGUUAUGAUUUUUAAAAUACCAAGGUCAGAAGUUUUAGCCCUUCCUAUGUGUGUCACAGACAGGAUCGUGGUUAUUGGAGGCAACUGAACCCUAACCGUAGGACUUGACCUCGGUCUCCUGAAUGGCCAUUGAGAACUGCGUGGCGGCUGCUGGGUUCAGCGUGGGCGAAUUCGCUGCCCUUGUUUUUGCGGGUGCCAUGGAUUUCGAGGAGGCCCUCUAUGUGGUGAAGGUGCGAGCUGAAGCCAUGCAGGAGGCCUCUGAUCGCACCCGGAGCGGUAUGCUGUCAGUGGUGGGUCUCCCCAAGGCGAGCUACAGCGCAGCCUGUCUGCAGGCACGGGAGCACUGUCGGGCCCUGGGGGUGAAGGACCCCAUCUGCACUGUCGCCAGCUACCUGUUCCCCGAUGGCAGGGUCAUCGCCGGCCACCAAGAGGCGCUGGACUUCCUGCGGGAGAACGCGAGGGCCCUGCACUUCCUGCGUGCACGGCCGCUGCCGGUGAGCGGCGCCUUCCACAGCCCCCUGAUGGAGCCAGCGGUGGAGGCGCUCCGCGAGGUCCUGAGGCAUGUGACGGUGCGGCGCCCCCAGGUGGCCGUGCAUGCCAAUGUGGAUGGCAAGCGGUACGCACACGAGGCCCUCGUGCGGAGGCUGCUGGCUAAGCAGCUGGUGUCGCCCGUGUGCUGGGAGCAGACGUUGCAGGAGCUCUAUGCAAGGGAACGGGGGAAGGGCUUCCCCCACACCUACGAGGUGGGGCCUGGCCGGCAGCUGGGGGCCACGCUACAGAGGUGCAACCUGAAGGCCUUCAGGAGUUACACACAUGUUGACGUCGUCACCCCCCAGGACUGAUGUAACCAUAGAGACAUGAGGCGUGAUUUCAUAUGAAGACAUCUAGUGUGUGUUUUUAAGAUAAUUAAAAGCUUUGAUGGUA